CAGCUGACUGGCUGAUCUGGUUUCAAGGUUUCAUGCCUGGUUUUUUGAAGAGAGGAAGGUGGGCACAUAAAAAAUUGCGUAUGACCCUCCAUUCUGUGUCUUUUUCAACUUUGGCAUUGUUAUCUGCCCUCUUUAAUCGUUUUUCACUCCCUGCUCUGCAGUUUUCCUUGCUUCUGUUCUCUGGAAUCUUCCAGGCAAGCAGCUGUAACUUUGUCCUCUCUACCCAGCCCCCUCCCCGCCCCCUGGGAAGACAGGGAGAGAGCACCCUCUCCCAGCGGGGUUAGGCCUUGGUAGCUGUUGUAACCUGAGAAAAGAAGGAAAAAGGCCAGACCUAUUGAGCCAGCAGUGAGCUCCCUGUGGCCUGCCAGCGGAUAAGAACCUUGCUCACUCAGCGCCCUCCCUCUUUCCUUUCCCCUCCCCUGCUGCAGCAGGGCCCUCCCCCAUCCGCACACACGGGCUGCUGGGUAAGUGGCAAGAUGGCUCCCCUGCAUGUCUCCGGCUGAUCGCCGCUGCUCCGCUAAUACAAUAGAGCCAGCCACUACCAGCAGCCUGGCCCUCUUCCUCCUCCUCCUCCAGAGAGACCAAUCCAGCCGAACUCGGGGUUUGCCUGAGGAGAAGGAGGAAGUGACCAUGGAUACAAGUGAAAACAGACCUGAAAAUGAGGUGCCAGAGCCCCCCAUGCCUGUUGCAGACCAAGUCAGCAAUGAUGACCGCCCAGAGGGCAGUGCAGAAGAUGAGGAGAAGAAAGAGAGUUUGCUGCCUAAAUCAUUCAAGAGGAAGAUCUCCGUUGUCUCAGCUACCAAGGGGGUACCAGCUGGAAACAGUGACACAGAGGGGGGCCAGCCUUGUCGGAAGCGGCGUUGGGGAGCCAGCACAGCCACCACACAGAAGAAACCCUCCAUCAGUAUCACCACUGAAUCACUCAAGAGCCUCAUCCCCGACAUCAAACCCCUGGCGGGGCAGGAGGCUGUUGUGGAUCUUCAUGCUGAUGACUCUCGAAUCUCUGAGGAUGAGACAGAGCGUAAUGGUGAUGAUGGGACGCAUGACAAAGGGCUGAAAAUAUGCCGGACCGUUACUCAGGUAGUACCUGCAGAGGGCCAGGAGAAUGGGCAGAGGGAAGAAGAGGAAGAAGAAAAAGAGCCUGAAGCAGAACCCCCCAUACCUCCCCAGGUUUCAGUAGAGGUGGCCUUACCCCCACCUGUGGAGCAUGAAGUAAAGAAAGUGACUUUAGGAGAUACUUUAACACGACGUUCCAUUAGCCAGCAGAAGUCUGGAGUUUCCAUUACAAUUGACGAUCCAGUCCGAACUGCUCAGGUGCCCUCCCCACCAAGAGGCAAGAUCAGUAACAUCGUGCACAUCUCCAAUUUGGUUCGUCCUUUCACUUUAGGCCAACUGAAGGAAUUGUUGGGACGUACAGGAACUCUGGUGGAAGAGGCCUUCUGGAUUGACAAGAUCAAAUCUCAUUGCUUUGUAACGUACUCAACAGUAGAGGAAGCAGUUGCCACCCGCACGGCUCUACAUGGGGUCAAAUGGCCCCAGUCCAAUCCCAAAUUCCUUUGUGCCGACUAUGCUGAGCAAGAUGAGCUGGAUUUUCACCGGGGCCUUUUGGUGGACCGUCCCUCUGAAACUAAGACAGAGGAACAGGGGGUACCACGGCCCCUGCACCCUCCACCCCCNNNCCCAGCCCAGCCACCACAGCACCCCCGAGCAGAGCAGAGGGAGCAGGAGCGGGCAGUGCGGGAACAGUGGGCAGAGCGGGAACGGGAAAUGGAGCGGCGGGAGAGAACUCGAUCAGAGCGUGAAUGGGAUCGGGAUAAAGUUCGAGAAGGGCCCCGUUCCCGAUCACGGUCCCGUGACCGCCGCCGCAAGGAACGUGCCAAGUCCAAAGAAAAGAAGAGUGAGAAGAAAGAAAAAGCUCAGGAAGAGCCACCAGCCAAGCUCCUAGAUGACCUUUUCCGCAAGACCAAGGCAGCUCCCUGCAUCUACUGGCUCCCACUUACUGACAGCCAGAUUGUUCAGAAGGAGGCAGAGCGGGCUGAACGGGCCAAGGAGCGGGAAAAGAGGCGGAAGGAGCAAGAAGAAGAAGAGCAAAAGGAGCGGGAGAAGGAAGCGGAGCGGGAGCGGAACCGACAGCUGGAGCGAGAGAAGCGAAGAGAGCACAGCCGAGAGAGGGACCGGGAGAGAGAGAGGGAACGGGAGCGUGACAGGGGGGAUCGAGACAGAGAUAGGGAUAGGGAAAGGGACCGGGAACGAGGCAGGGAGAGGGACCGCAGAGACACCAAGCGCCACAGCAGGAGCCGGAGCCGAAGCACACCUGUGCGGGACCGGGGUGGGCGCCGCUAGCUGGGAAAACAAUGGGGAGAGCUGCAGGCAUCAGCCACCCUGCCCUGGGGUGGGGGCUCAAGACCACAGAGGGAUAGGUACAAUCUCUUUAACACCAUUUGCCCAGUGCUGAAGUGUGGCUGCCACCUGUCCCAAACAUACCAAAUGGAGCAGUGGUCAUCUUCCUCCCCUAUACCCCAUAACCCAUCUCUUGGGAUUUAGCCCUCUCCUCUCAUUUCCCAUGAAGUCUAUGAGAGGGAAGAGCUAAGUUAGAGAGGGAGGUGGUUGGCCCAGAGUUGGGGAACAGCCGGGAGCCCCAACCUCUUUCAUUUUCCUCCAUCCUGCUUACCACCUCCUUUGGGUACUCACACCCCCUUUGGGAACAGCUGGGGCCAGGACUGGGUCACCUAUGAGCUGAAUCAGCAUCUCCCGAGUCCCAGGGCCCCUGCAGUUCCCAGUCUUUUCUGUCCUGCAGCCCUUGCCUCCUGCCCACCGGUUUCACUUUAUAUCCACCUUUUUCUUUUGUUCAAUUUUUAUUUUUAUUUUUU